UACAUGUUUCGUAUACAAAAACUAAUGAUGGAAGAAUACGAAGAGAUCUACGAACCUGUUAUUGUGGAGAAUCCUUUUACCCAGGUGACAGAAGAUGGCAUCGGUUUGAGGCAAUUUCAUAUUGGUUUGACACGUUCCAAACUGCUCUUCGGUUGUGAUGAUUUUGAUAAAAGCGAUUUGCAAAAUGUCCAUGGCACCACUAAAGAUCCGGAAAUUGAAACAUUUGAAUUGGUCAGUAUGCUGCCAUUACAAUUCGUCAAAUUGAAUUUCUUUCGCAAACAAAAACGAGAGCUCAUGCGAAUUAUCAUCUGUGAUGAAGAGGAAGCGCAGCCAAUGUUCUUUGAAUUUGGUGGACAUUUAUAUAAAAAUUUGUUUUGGAAUACAUGGCGUGAGCGAAUAUCUACAAUACGUUUGUCACAUCCCAAUUUAAUGCAUAUAAAUGGUUCAUCACCGUUUUCUAGCACUGAUGUUCUUGCAGAAGAGGAACUAUGUCAUGCCUUGGUUCAUACGCGUUCGAUGUAUUCUCUGGGUGGAGAUGGUUCAAUGAGUUUAUGUCCAAGUAGUUUUUAG